GGUUUGUACUGAGACUCCGAGCUUCAUAACAAUUCCGUAGAACCCCGAGCCUGCGAUUUCCUGGUUGAUACGAGGUUUGGUGCCUCGAGGGCUCGCCCAAUUUCGAUCACCAACAGUGGCCUUGGAUUGCGCACAGUGCCCUUUAAACGCCUCACUUUACUUCAUGGUAAAGGCCUUCACAUUAAUCGAAUGAAGCGCCUUCCCGUUUGAGCUUGCCCAGAACUGCGUGUGAGUCGCUAGUGAGAGCAUUGGAUUGGAUUGGACUGGAGGACGGGGAUGGUUCGCGCAGCCGGCUGCCGAAGAUGAGGAAAUAUUGCGCCGUGGAACAUCUGGGUCUGUGGGUGCAUAUUGCUUGGGCGCUGUUGCUGGAAGUUUCCUCGGUCACGAGCGGCGUGUAUCAUCAGGGGCCGCAUCACAUGAGGGGAUUUAACAACACCUUUGUUCCGGGCAAGCACUCCACGACCUUCUCGAUGGCUUUGCAGCGAGGCAUUCCGUGCGAGAUGGUUUGCACCAACUCGGCGGACGGAGUAUCGUGCAAAAACGCUCCCCCGUAUCACAUGAACAGGGUCAAUGGUAGCGAUCAUCACCGCAACAUUAUUUCCCACAAUAGGGAUCACUCUUAUGCGCUCGGGUUCGUGCAAUUCGCCCGAGGGUCCUUCUUUUUGUCGAUCUAUGACUUCAGUCCCAGUUCCGGUGUUGCCGGUUCUUCCAUCUGGACUGCGAGAGGCCCUGGUCACUUUGCUCACGGCGUCGUCGUCGAUGAAUUUGCCACCUUGAGCUUUUUGAGGAAGGGAAUCCUCGAGCUCAGAAACUCUCUGGGUACUCUGGUUUGGACAGCGGGAAAUCCCAAGGUGUUAGCUAAGAAUCUGGAGUUCAACCUGGACGAUGGCAACCUGAUUCUGUACGAUGCGAACAACAACGUAAUCUGGCAAAGUUUCGAUUUCUGACUGCGGAACACUUACUGACCACUUUGGGCAGCACCCACCUCUAUGAAAACAUUCAAACACAUGUUUUCAAACAUUUCAAACAGUGCGCUGAAAACUUACAACCCUACCAUUGUUGUGUGGCCUCUCACCAUCGCCGAACUACACCAAAAAAUUUACAUACAGAAACGUCCACUAAAAGUCUCCAAGUUAAACAUCAUGUGCUACAUUUGCACGCUCUUCCUUCCUUCCUUCCGUCCUGAAUCAGAAGUCGGAGUAAGGCAUGAACGCCAACUGUCCUCGCAUGUUCCUCCCGCAAGAAGAGGGAAUAACCAUAGACUCUUCCUCGAUCGGCAUUCGGACUUGCUACGUGACGACAAAGAUGUGACAUCCAAGCUUCGAUGUGCAUGCGGAAUCGAAUUCGGAGAGGGAGGUUAGAGAAGAGCGAGAACACAGAGAGAGAGAGAGAGAGAGAGCCCAUGCCGCAACGCCGCUGUCCAGACCUUGAAACGUUCGUAUUGGACAAACGUUACCAACGGAAUGGACAAGUAAUAAAUG